ACCUUAGCCUGUAUCAAUUGUCAUAUAUGCAUACUAGCAUGGAGAUCACAAACGUAUCUUCUCUACUCUCUUUGUUCAUUUUAGCAAUGGCUUUCAUACUUAGCGCCCUAGCAACCAACAUCACCACAGAUCAGUCCUCUCUUCUUUCUUUGAAAUCCUCCACCAGCUUAAGUCCCAACAAUACAUUGGCAAACAACUGGUCCAUCAGGGCUUCUAUUUGCAACUGGAUUGGAGUUGUUUGCGGAUCCAAACACCAUAGAGUGGUCGCAUUAGACAUAUCAAAUAUGGGUAUUGUGGGUACCCUUCCUCCACAAUUAGGCAACCUCUCAUUUCUUGUUUCUCUUAACAUAAGUCACAACAAUUUCUAUGGAAAUUUGCCUAGAGAGUUAGCCAGCCUAAGCCGACUACAAUACAUAGAUUUUGGUUAUAAUAAUUUUACUGGAAAAAUUCCAGAGGAGAUUGGCAAUCUUGAGAAUGCAAAAUGGCUGAUAUUGGAAGUUAACCAACUUGAUGGUCCUAUCCCCUUCACCAUCUUCAACAUUUCCACCUUACAAAAUUUGGUUCUCAACAAUAAUAGCUUAUCUGGCUCUCUUCCGAUGAAGCUCUGUCAACAUGCUACAAGACUCAAAGUGCUUCGCCUGUAUUGCAACAAGUUGAGUGGUUAUAUUCCAAAGAAUUUAUCAAGUUGCUCAGAACUUGAACAAUUGCGGUUGGCUUACAACAGUUUUGUCGGGACAAUUCCAAGAGAGAUUGGGAGUUUAAAUAUGCUUCAGAUUUUAAAACUCGGCCAUAACAAGUUAGAAGGUAAAAUACCAAGAGAGAUUGGGUGCUUGAAUAUGCUUAUAUUUUUAAUGCUCCAUGAUAAUAAUUUGGAAGGUGAAAUACCGAGAGAGAUUGAGAGCUUGAAUAUGCUUCAGAUUUUAGAUCUUGGUAAUAACAAUUUAGAAGGAACAAUACCCGAAACAAUAUUUAACAUAUCUACUCUAACAUAUAUAAGCAUGGCAAACAACAUUCUAUUUGGUAUUCUUCCAUCAAACAUGUGUUUACAUCUUCAAAAGCUUGAAGAACUUUACUUGUAUAAGAACAAGCUAUAUGGCAACAUUCCAAGGAGCAUAGGUGAAUGCUCUUCGCUUAAAUACCUUUUUAUGUGGGAGAAUGAACUAAACGGAUUGUUGCCAAGACAGAUUGGGAAUUUGACAAUGCUAGAGUUUUUUGAUUUUGGUGGCAAUUUUUUGUCAGGUGAAAUACCAAAAGAGUUAGGCAACCUUGAUAAACUAGAGAAUCUUCGAUUGCAGGAAAAUGGAUUAAGUGGUUCCAUCCCGUGGGAAAUCUUCAAUAUAUCAACACUCAAAUCACUAUCCCUUGUAGUAAAUAACCUUUCAGGUACUCUUCCAACAUUUUUAGGUCAUUCCCUUCAUAAUUUAGAAUACUUAUACCUUGGCCAAAACUAUAUUGGAGGACUGAUACCUCCCCAAAUCUCAAAUGCUUCCAACCUUGUUCAUCUUGAUCUUGACAAGAACCAAUUCACAGGCUUCAUUCCAAAUUCCCUUGGAAACUUGGCCAAACUUGAACUUCUAAAGCUGUUUUCCAACAACCUAACAACUGAUCCUCAAUUUAGCCUUAUAACUUCAUUGGAAAAUUGUAGAUCUAUCCAAGUAUUAGAGUUAGCAUUUAACCCUUUAAACGCCGUGCUCCCAAAAGCAGUUGGCAACCUCUCCCACACUCUCCAAAUUUUGAACGUAGCAAAUUGUAACAUCAGGGGACGAAUUCCACAGGAGAUUGGCAAUCUUAGCAGCUUAUACGAGUUGAAUUUAUGGUCCAACGACAUUAUAGGAUUUUUGCCUACAACCAUUCAAAAGCUUCAGAGUCUUCAGGCGUUCAUCAUAUCGGACAACAAAUUAAUAGGAUCAUUUCCAGAUGUGAUAUGUGAACUACAGAAUUUGUUUUGGAUAGAUUUAGGCAGAAAUAAAUUUUCAGGUCCAAUCUCGGAUUGUUUAGGGAACAUUUCUUCCCUGGGAAUGAUCUAUCUGUAUGAAAACGAAUUCACUGUCUUCCCUCCUACCCUAUGGAGCAUUAAACAUCUUUUGGUGCUUAACUUGAGUUCGAAUAACUUGAGCGGUUCUCUACCUCAAGAAAUCGGGAAUGCAAAUAUGGCAGUAGGUAUUGAUUUCUCAAAUAACAAACUAUUCGGAGAUAUUCCGAGUAGUAUUGGAGGCUUGACAAGGUUAAUCCUUUUUUCUGUGGCCCAUAACAAAAUUCAGGGUUCUAUUCCUAACACUUUUGGCAAACUCCUGGAUCUACAUUGGUUGGAUCUUUCCGAUAAUAAAUUCUCCGGAAUAAUUCCCAAGUCAUUGGAGGGACUUAUAAGUAUGAACUAUUUCAAUGCUUCUUACAACAAAUUAACCGGAGAAAUUCCGAGUGGAGGCCCUUUUGCCAACUUCACUUAUGAAUCAUUCUUGGGGAAUGAUGGUCUAUGUGGUACUCGUAGGAUGCAUGUCCCACCAUGCCCUGCUAAUACUCUGCAUCAAUCAAAGAAGGAUAGAGUUCUUCUCAUUGUACUUGUCUCGUUGGCAGUUCUUAUAGUGCUAAUUGCCUCUAUUUCUGUGCUAUGCAUCUUCAAGAGGCACAACAGGGGUGAGGUUCCAGAUGAACCAAACUUUCUGUUAGCAACAACACCAGCAAGAUAUUCGUACUAUGAACUCCAACGGGCAACAAAUGGGUUUGAUGAAAGCAACUCGCUAGGUAGUGGAAGCUUUGGAUCAGUUUAUAAAGGGAUUUUAACAAAUGGGAUGCACGUAGCUGUCAAGGUUUUUCGUUUGGAACAUGAAGGUUCAAAUAGGAGUUUUGACAGUGAAUGUGAGGUUUUACACAGCAUUCGGCACAGAAAUCUGACAAAGGUCCUUGGUAGUUGCUCCAACUUGAAUUUUAAAGCAUUGUUGCUAGAGUACAUGCCCAAUGGGUGUUUACAUAAGUGGUUGCAUUCUCAUAAUUAUUUCUUGGAUAUGAUACAAAGAGUGAGUAUAAUGAUAGAUGUGGCAUCUGCUUUGGAAUAUCUCCACUAUGGUUACUCCAAUCCUAUUAUCCAUUGCGACUUGAAACCCAGUAAUGUCUUAAUAGAUGCUGACAUGGUGGGGCAUUUGAGUGAUUUUGGUGUUGCAAAGCUCUUAGGAGAUGGAAACUCCAUUGCCAUUACAAACACCUUAGCAACAAUUGGUUACAUUGCUCCAGAGUAUGGGCAAGAAGGUCUUAUAUCCACACGUAGCGAUAUGUACAGUUAUGGUAUUAUGUUGCUGGAGGUUUUCACGAAGACUCAACCUCGAGAUGAAAUGUUCAGCGAAGAUUUAUGUCUGAGAAGUUGGGUGCACAAUGCACUUCCUGUAAAUACAAGUCAGAUUAUAGAUCCAAAUUUACUUGAAUCAGAUGAAGGGAAGUACGAUGAAAAGUUGCAGUGUGUGUCGGCUAUCUUUGAGAUAGGCAUGAAAUGCUCAACAAAAUCCCCUCGAGAGAGGAUGAAUAUCAAAGAUGCCUUAUCAGCAUUGAUAAAGAUCAAAGCCCAACUUCUUUCCCUGUAUGCAAGUAUUUAGAGUAGUAUGUAUUAGCAUCUCCUAUUGUAUCUUUCUUUAAAAUGGAAAUAAAAUGCAGCAGAUACAGUUUAUGUACAGAAAUCCUAUUUAGUAAUUUACUAGGUCAUCUUUAGCUGCAUCUUCUUUCCAGAAUUCUGUUUUAAGUUUUCUCUUCAUCCAUGCUCCAGCUUCAUUAUA